AUCGGGGCCAGCGCCGGGGCACAGCCUCUAGCUCAUUCUGACCACUGCUCCUCUCCCAGCAAGCACUCCUGAGGAGGUGGCUUGGUUACUUUCUUUUUUUUUCUUAAGGUUUCUUUGGGGUGUUUUUGGUUUUGGUUUUUUUUUUUGGGGGGGGGGUGGGGAUACCUUGACUUUGAAGUCAAAGCAACACACAAUGGCACCAAAGAAGGACGUAAAGAAGCCAGCAGCAGCUGCAGCGCCAGCACCGGCGCCAGCGCCUGCGCCUGCCCCAGCUAAGCCCAAAGAACCUGCAAUCGAUCUCAAGAGCAUCAAGAUCGAGUUCUCCAAGGAGCAGCAAGAUGACUUCAAGGAGGCCUUCCUCCUCUUUGACAGGACUGGUGAUGCCAAGAUCACCCUGAGCCAGGUGGGUGAUAUCGUCCGGGCACUGGGGCAGAACCCGACAAAUGCUGAGAUCAACAAGAUCCUGGGCAACCCCAGCAAAGAGGAGAUGAAUGCCAAGAAAAUCACAUUUGAAGAGUUCCUGCCCAUGUUGCAAGCAGCUGCUAACAACAAGGAGCAGGGCACCUAUGAGGACUUCGUUGAAGGUCUGCGUGUCUUUGACAAGGAAGGCAACGGCACAGUCAUGGGGGCUGAGCUCCGCCAUGUCCUGGCUACUCUGGGUGAGAAGAUGACAGAAGAGGAAGUAGAUGAACUCAUGAAAGGUCAGGAAGACUCCAAUGGCUGCAUCAACUAUGAGGCUUUUGUAAAGCACAUCUUGUCUGUCUAAGAGGACUCCCCCAGACACCACCAAGGAACAACUCCAAAUCAGAACGACCAGAUGGCACUUGAGGUUCUUGCUCAGUCUGUCACCACCAGCAUGGAAGCUGCAUGGAACUGGAUGAUGAGCCUCCAACCCCAACAUUUGGAUCUUUUUUAACCAGUGCAUCCAUAGGUAUCCCCUCUGGGUCACUAUACCUUCAGGUAGAGAGCAGCCUGAACUUUCACCAAGGCAAGCAAAAUGGAUUCGACUGCUACCACCCAGGAUCCAUCAAUCUAUCCAUCCUUAUCAUCUCCUUCCAUGUUGUUUGCACUGAAAGAAUGUCAUCUCUUGGGGGAAAAAAUAAGCAUCAAUAAAUCUCUGUGUUUACUUUUUUGCC